CUUCCUCGUUGCUAUGGCGAGUAACCGGAUGUAAACUACAGUGGAAAUAUUGCCAUUUUUUAUUGGGACUUUUACAGUUUUAUGGGUUGUUUUCUUACAUAAAUAAAGAUUCAUACACUUAAUCAGCAUGUUCAAUUUAAGAUAACAACACAAUAAACACAUCAUUUGAUUUGCAACAGUUUUUCUUUAUGGAAUAACUUCAAAAUUAGGUUUGACAGAACUCGAUUUUUGACAAAAAUAAAAAAUGCCCCAUCUCAAAGAUCAUAAACAAAAACAGCCUCUUUGGAAGGAUUGGGACUAUAAAGCACAGAAGAAAGGAAUAAGGAGCACUGUUUAUUCUGUGAAUAAGGAUGAGUACACCGGAGAGUGGCUAGAUAAUAAAAAACACGGCAAAGGUACAUAUCGCUGGAAAGACACUGGUGCAAUAUAUGAUGGCGAUUGGGCUGAAGGUAAAAGAUGCGGAUUUGGCACUUAUAGUCUCCCUGACAAACAGCAUGGAGGCUUUCAGAAACAAUACUCGGGAGGCUGGAAGAAUGACAAAAGACAUGGUUACGGGACUCACUUCUAUUCGGAGGAUGAAUAUUAUGAGGGAGAAUUUUACGCAGAUAAACGCAGUGGUUGGGGAAGGAUGUAUUACGCAGAUGGUACAAUAUAUGAAGGAGAGUGGUAUGAUGAUCAACGCAAUGGCCAGGGAAUGUUAAGAUUAGCAACUGAAAACCGAUAUGAAGGGAGUUGGAAAAAUGACAAGAAAAAUGGACCUGGAAAGUUCUUUUACUUAGACAAAGGACAGAUUUAUGAAGGUGUAUGGGUGGAUGAUAUACCAAAAUGUGGAGAAAUGAAAGAUUUUGGACGUGAAGGUGCACCAGAGCCAACGCAGUACCCAAUACCAGAGGUAAAGUUGUUAAACCCUGAGAGCGUAGUUGCUAGUGCUGAGAAUCAGUUUCUUCAGGAACAGGAUUAAUAACUUGGAUUAUGAGAGAGCAAAAGUAUUAAUAGAGAGGAAACAAUAUUUGAUCAUGAAGGAGCAAGACAUUGAUUAUGAGGGAGCAAAAUUCCAGCACACUUGAUAAUGAGAGCAAUGAUCUACAAAACUUGUUUAUACUGCAUUAUGAUAGAACAAACAAUAUUAUGGUGGAGAAUUGAGUUAUUUUGAUUACAUAAAAACUCAUUGAAGAAAAAAUCAAUAUCAAAAAACAAGAUAAAAAUUUAUAAAGGAACAAAUUGAACCAAAGACCUUAUUAUUAGUGUGAUAGGCAAGAUACAAAUAUUUUACUGAUAACAUUGAAUUUGAAAACUUCUGCAAAUAUAUUAUUUCACAAUUUUCCUGAUUUUCAAAAAGUUUUCGAAAAUCUGACUCAUUAAAACCAUAUAGAUUAUA